GACAUAUUUGUAUUUAUUCUGAUUGCGUUUAUCACAACGUGGAAUUGUCCUCCAAAUUUGAAAUACCCUUAUCAAAUUUCAUUCGUUAUAAGUUAUAGAGAUUUGAGUAUUUCCCUUCUGCGUUAGGAGUUUUGAAGUAGUUUUUUUCGUAUUUCGUGGUACGAUCAAGGAAGCGAAAGUCAGUACUUCGAUGUUUAGUACUGGACGUCACCAUUAUUAACUAUUUAUCAAUCAAACAUAAACUGCGUUUCUGGUAAAUAUUUAUAUACGUGUUGUUCAAAGGACACCGCUGUUGCCAUGUCGACGAUUGUGUCCUGCACGGAUUAUGGCAAAGUUUUCAAUGACAAUAUACAUGGACACAUUAUGCUCCAUCCGCUUUGUGUGAAAUUCAUUGACACACCUGAAUUUCAAAGAUUGCGUAACAUCAAACAGCUCGGUACUACUUAUCUAGUCUACCCCUGUGCGAGCAUUAAUCGGUUUGAACAUUCCAUUGGUGUUUGUUACUUAGCUGGACAAAUGAUUGAAGCUUUAUGUCGAAAUUCGGGUGAAGAUAUUAAUGUUACCAAAGAAGAAAAACUGUGUGUUGAAUUAGCAGGCCUUUGUCAUGAUCUUGGACAUGGUCCUUUAUCACACAGUUGGGAAAGAUAUCUUAAAGCUUCUGGUGUCGAUUGGAAGCAUGAAGAAAGUUCAACUGAAAUGCUAAAGUAUAUCAUACAAAAGUAUGAUUUUGAAGAAGAGCUUAAAAAAUAUGGACUAAAUGUGGAGUAUCAUGUUGAAUUGAUUUGUGAAUUUAUUAGAGGAGAAGGAAAGUUACUUGUAGAAAACCAUUUCUUGUAUCAGGUUGUAUCAAACAAAGAUAAUGGCAUUGAUGUUGAUAAAUGGGAUUACUUUUUACGCGACGGAAAUUGUUUAAAUUUAAGCAUUUCAUUUGAUUAUAAAAGAUUGAUGCAGUUUUCUAGAGUUGUAGUUGAUCCUAAUUCAAACAAACCAAAACAAGUAAUUGCAUUCAGAAAUAAAGAGGCUAGAAACAUAUAUGACAUGUUUAGAGUGAGAUCAGAUUUACAUCUGAGAGCUUACCAACACACAGCGGUUCAAAAUACAGAGUUAAUGAUGGUUGACAUGCUAUUAAAAGCAGAAAAUUAUUUUACUGUACAAAUUUCAUCAGGUACCAAGUUUGGUUUGAAUGAAGCUCAUACAAAUAUUGAAGCGAUGUCUCGUUUAACUGACCACAUUUUAUAUGAUAUUCAAUAUAGCCAUGACCCAAAUUUGGAAGAAGCUAAAAGUUUAUUAAAUAGAUUACAUACAAGGCAUUUAUAUAAAUUUAUUGGUUCUUAUAAUUUAAUAUUUAUAAACAAAGAAAUUUAUAACAAAUCGAUUGAUGUUGAAAAUUUAAAACAAAAUCUUAAGAAUGAAUUGCAAAAACAAUUUGGUAUGGAAUUUGGCGUUACAGCUACUUGGCUUAAUUGUGGAUAUCCAUUAAUAAAUCCAUUAGAAAAAGUAUUAUUUUUCAAGAAACCAUUAUGUCAUAAUGAUUCAAUUAUAUUGGACGAUACACCAUAUCAAAAUGUAUAUCCUAUGAAUGAAUUAGAGUUUUUCAAACGAGAUAUCAAUGUAUUUAGUAAAUUACUAACAUUAAAGGAUAGUCAGCUAAGAGAAAUUGAUCUUGCAUGCAAUUCAUUUUUAAAGAAUUUCAGGCCAUAAUUUAUCAGAUUCAAGUAUACAUUCAAUUAAAACUAAAUGACUAAAUAGUACACAAGAUACAGAAUAUUAAGAAUCAAUAAACAUAUUAAGAAGAAGAAGAAACAAUGCAUUACACCCACAUAUAAUAUAAUAUAAUAUUAAGUCAAUAUUAGUUUAAUUAAAGAAAGUA